AUGGAGGCAAUCCUGAAAGAUAUCCAUGCAAAUGCCAACACCCUCUUUGAGUUUAGGGAUAUGUAUGAGUAUGAAAAUCGCUUGAAAACCUUCAUAUGCUGGCCUUUUAAGGAGAACUGCAAUUGUACUCCUGAAAAUAUGGCCAGUGCUGGUUUUAUCCACUGUCCAAACACAAAUGAACCUGAUGUGGUGAAGUGUUUCUUUUGCUUGAUAGAGCUGGAGGGCUGGGAGCCUGAUCAUGACCCUUGGCUGGAACACGCCAAGCGGAGCAAUGACUCUUGUGGAUUUUUGUCCCUUUCUAAGAACUUUGAUGACCUAACAGUGGAGGAAUACUAUGAAAAGGAGAUGGAGCGAGUCAGGAUUUUCCUUUGCAAAACUGGCAGAAGUGUAAUACACGCCUUUGAAAAAGAAGUGGCCCUCACUAGGAAGCGGCUCGUGGAUCAUUUCAUGAAUAAGUUCCAGUAUACUCCAGAUUGGGAAAAGCCACCCCAGACAUUCCUGCCAGUCACAGAUAUUUCUACAAAGGAAAACUGUGAGCAAACUGCUGAACAGAAGAGAAUGAGUCAGAAUGGACAAGGCGAGGCUGCUCUGCUGACAAGCACAGUUGAUGAAAGUAUAGACCUAUGACAAAGGCAUGAGCUCCAUGUGCAUAAUGCCUGUACUGGCCAGAAGCUCUGAAGUGAAAAAUUAGGUAGUAUGGACUAAUGGUGGGGGCAGAGGCAGAGAGAGCAAUCCUGGAAUAUAUCUGCAUUCCUGAUGCUAGAAUUGUUUUGUCUAUGCACAAUGCCUGUUCUGCAUGAAACCAGCAAUGGAACAAGGGAGAAA